GCUUGUUAUUUCAUCAGCCCUUUGUUUUCCUGACUAAAUAGUGCUUGGAAGUAGGAAAAAGCUUGUCUGCAAAUUUCCCAUCAAUAAUAGAUAUUUGAGGACUCUAUAUAUUCUGAUCUAGGCAGAGAACAAAAGUCCUCACUCAGGCCUUAGGAAGCUAAGAGAGGAAGAAGAAGAAGAAAUGUUGCUAGACAAGUUGUGGGACGACGUUGUUGCCGGGCCUCAGCCUGAUCGUGGCCUUGGCAAACUCAGAAAGAUCAGCACCAAACCCCUGACCAUAGAUAAGGAAGGAGAGACAAGCAAGUUCCAGAGAUCCAUCUCCAUGCCAGCAAGUCCAGGGACACCUUCUACACCGUUGACGCCCACAACUCCUGCCUCGGUUCGCAAGGACAACGUAUGGAGGAGCGUUUUCAACCCUGGUAGCAACCUUGCCACUAAGGGUCUUGGUGCUCAGCUCUUCGACAAGCCACAGCCUAACUCCCCCACUGUCUAUGACUGGCUUUACAGUGGAGAAACCAGAAGCAAGCAUCGCUAAGGUGGCAAUCAACUAAGGGGUGCCAUGUAAAUAUUGUCGUUUUGUUUCCCUAUCUGCACUGCAUCUUUAUCGUUUUAAUGGUUGGUAUGAUACGAGUAGCGAGUACUAUCUAGCGUCUAUGGCUACAAGCUGACUAGAAGUAUUACAGCUUUUGUGAGUAAAAUGCUAAGGUGUGGAAUGUUGUCACGGUUGAUUGAUCUUCGCCAGUCGAGAUCUUCCAUGGACGGUGGUGAUGGAUCUACUUUUGUUAUUAAAUAAUUUAUUGGGCUUCAUGUAUCUCUUUGAUAUUAUCAAUUAUGUAAUCAUGGUGUGUAGCUUAGUGCCUA